CUCCCUUUUAGGAUGCGGCUGCUUGCUCGCCUGCCGUUUAACAGCCGCCAAGUUCAGUGGGCGCUCGGGCUCCAUGAGGGGCGCCCGAGGAAGCUGGGCGCCGCGUGCGGCCGCUGGCGAGGCGGGAUGUCUUCCGUGUGUGCUAAGAUCGUCCAGCUUCUGGGGCAGAAUGAGGUGGAUUACCACCAGAAGCAGGUGGUCAUCCUGAGCCAGGAUAGCUUCUACCGAGUCCUCACUUCAGAGCAGAAGGCCAAAGCCCUGAAGGGCCAAUUCAACUUCGAUCACCCGGAUGCCUUUGACAACGAACUGAUCUUCAAAACACUCAAAGAAAUCACCGAAGGAAAAACAGUUCAGAUCCCUGUGUAUGACUUCGUCUCCCACUCACGGAAAGAGGAGACAGUCACCAUCUACCCCGCAGAUGUGGUGCUCUUUGAAGGGAUCCUAGCCUUCUAUUCCCAGGAGGUCCGAGACCUGUUCCAGAUGAAGCUUUUCGUGGACACCGAUGCAGAUACCCGUCUGUCUCGCAGAGUUUUGAGGGACAUCAGUGAAAGAGGGAGGGACCUUGAGCAGAUUUUAUCUCAGUACAUUACAUUCGUGAAACCUGCCUUCGAGGAGUUCUGCUUGCCAACAAAGAAAUAUGCUGAUGUGAUCAUUCCUAGAGGUGCAGACAAUCUCGUGGCCAUCAACCUCAUCGUGCAGCAUAUACAGGACAUCCUGAACGGCGGGCUCUCCAAGCGGCAGACGAACGGCUAUCUCAACGGCUAUACCCCUUCCCGCAAGAGGCAGGCGUCAGAGUCCAGCAGCCGGCCACAUUGACCCCCCGUGCCCUGACUCCAUACCCCAGCCCCCAGCUCCAAGACGCAGGAGGGGUCGAGAGGCUUUGGUCACCUGUACAUAUGCCUCCUCUGAAAUUACUGUAUUUAAGAAAACACCACGGAGAUGAAAUGCCUUGAUUUUCCUUUCUGCCCUUUUGUACUUUGGAACAGCAAAUCUUGACCGAACUUGACCCUGAGCUUAAGUGACAAACUGUGCCAACUAGUACUGGUGAUGCCUAAUUAUGAAUCCAACGUGUAACCAGUUAUAAAUACACACAUACAUACAUAUAUAUAAAAAGAAAGGAUCUAUUUUUGUGUAAAUGUACAAACACUGUAGAGCUGUUUGCCGUAAGUGUUCUGUAGGAACCUGUGCGUGGGUUGGGCCUGGAGCCCCGCGCAAGAGUUCUGUGCUCUGGCCUCGCUCGGGAGCCAUGGGAGUUGGGUGGUUGAUUGGUUGAUGUCCUUUGUUCUCAGCACCCUGGGCCUCAGUGGGGAUGGGACUCAACCCUCAAGGGCUCCCCUGUCAGAUGCCACCUCCUUGAAACUGGAGCCGAGGGAGAUACUUUUAUCUUUUUUUUUUUUUUUUUUUUUGAGUUGGAAUUAAGUGUGAUCUCAACUCAAUCUCAGGGAAGAGGCCCACUGAGGAAGAUCAAUCUGUCUGCGUUCUUUCUUGCCUCACUCUGGCUCUGGCUGCCUGGGUACCUCCAUGACUCCUUCCCUCCUGUGCUGUCUCUGUUUCCCAAGACGCCAGAGCUGUCUCCAGUUUCCAGAUUUGAUAGGGUCUCAUCCUGUGUGAAAAAGAGGGAAGGGGCUGGGAGAGGACUCUGUCGCCUGGACAGUUUAAGGACCAUACCUCCUAGGGACGUAGCUGGUGAAUUGGCCUGGACACAUUACUGGACAAGGAGUGGCUCCUUGCAGUCACCUUUGGUUAACGACAUCUGGUAUUGACCACUGACAGUUCCACCCAUGGAGCUGGCAAUAGCUUUUGUCCCCUCUGAGCUGGGGCUUUACUGUGAGGUGGCAGCCAAUGCCUCCCACCAGACUCUCUGAAGAGCAGAACAUCAGGAUGAUUUCCUGAACUACACCGUCACCAUGUUAAUGAGGUGACUGCCUAGCAGGAAGGGGCCAGGAGGAGAGAAGUCUUCUUAGAAGACACCGAGGAAGGGUAUUUAAAUCACAGGUACCCAAGCUGGGGUUUUAGAUUGAAGACGUCCAAGGUAGAGAUUUUCAGCUUUUCUGAGCACUCCUUCUUGGUGGGAACGCCUGCCCAGAGGAAAUUGAUGAUGUCAUGCUGAGAAGGCAGCUGGAGGGACCAAGCAAGAAGGCAGAGGUGUGAGGUAGAGGCCUUAGUCUGUGCCUAGCUGCAGAAGAACCGUGGAUUGUCAUGAGCCACACGCUUAGUCCCUCAACUUAGAGCCUCAUGUCUGGGUGGCACUCGGAGCCCACCGAGGCUCAUUCCGUUAGCUUCACAACCACACCGAGGUUCCCUCGCACCGUCUAGUCCCCCAAUCAGGAUUCAAAUUUGCCUUCAAUUGCGUUUUUCUAUUUAAGUGUCAUUGACUUAGUCCUCGGUAGAGCUUUGCCGCUUUUCUGAGGCAUCAGAAGGCCGCGGUGCAGGCCCUGCAGCAAGUUCACGACGGCAGCCUUUGCAGCAGGGAGCCCUCAGCUCAGGCGCCUGCGGUUAGGCGCCCACUCACCAAGGCAGAUACAUCUAGAGUAUCCGGGGAGCAGUCUUUAUCACAUCAACUUUGUGCAAUUCUGAGAUAAAAAGGUAGGUUAGGACCCGGCCUCAGAUCCCAAGAACAAGGACCCUGGCCUUGCUGUAGUGUUGCACGUGCUCAUGGGAAGCCUUGUGUAGGAGAGCCUCGGCCGCUCAGUGGGUAGCACUCUCAACUUUACUUGAAGCUUCCAGGUGCCAAACCACUUAGUGCCUUGGCUGUCUAUCCCACUGCCGUGGAAAAUGGAUUCUUCUCAUCUCUGAGCCUUUACUUAGCUGGUCCCUCAUCUACCUAUGGUGUUGGGACCAAGCCUCCAAAACCUCUGAGCAGCCCACUUGUAGCUUGGACACAGCCGUAGGACCACCCUACCCCUACCUCCUUGGGAAGUGGUUACCAGUUCAGCGAGAAGCGGUAUUUGCUGGGUACAGGGAAGGAAUGGAGGUUGUACUGUUCUCGGGCUGCCCAGUUUGUGGUCAGUUGUGCAUUUCGAACUUUCUAUAGGAAACAUUGUGGUCUGAGUCGUGAGGUUUUGGAUCUGCAAUUUCCUUUGGAGAGUUGGAGGUAAAUGGAUCUGGAAACCAUGGCAUUUGUCACCUGGGGACGUUUUAGCUGUUCUUAGAGGAAGGAAGCUGAGCUGGGCAGGUCUGCACAUCGAUCACAGGUGCACAAAUCCUUCGGCUUCAGAGCCACCCAAUGGUGCUUGCUUCUCCCGCCCCACUCACAUCUAUCGUCUUUGGCUUGGGUGUUUAGGAAACAAAAGUUCUGAGCCUUGCCUCACAGGAAGGUCCAGACUUAUACCUCAUCAUGCUGAUGCAACCCCUCUGACUUCUCUUUGGGUACCUGGAGGCUGAUAGGAAUCUGAUCUGGCCUGGGUCGAGUAGGCCCUGGGGAAGGGAGUGGGGCAGGUUCAGGCUUUGGGGGAGAGGGGAGUGGCCAAGUCACCUGCCUCAGAACUAAUAUUUAUGUUGGUGGCUACUCAGAGAUCAUGGGGGAAGUUGGCUCCAGUUUGCUCUAUCCAGGGUGAGCCUCUUGGGAGGCUACUGGGUCAGGUGUGCCCCUGAGUAGCGAGACUGAUCGACCUUGACCUCGAAGUCCCGCAGUUGCAGAGGAAUGCAGUCUCUUGCAGGGAAAUGUUUUUCACUGCCCUUGGAACCCACCCAUGUUUGUGUCCAAGAAUCUCCAAAGAAUGGGCUGAUUUUCGUGAGGCUAGGGUCAAUCCCUGGUACAUGCAGACCCAUGCUUUCUGGGAAGGACCAGCUGGCCGCCUGUGUCUCCCGUGAGGUUUAUUCUUUCCUCCAGGCAAUUGCUGUAUGCUUUCUGUCAGAACAAGGAAGAGAGCAGGUUGGGAAAGGCACAAUUGAAUGCGUCUGGCGUACGCAAGUCUUUAAGAUUCGGCUCUGGGCCUGCUCUGUUCUCACGGUGCCAGGCACAGGUGACGUGUUUCAGCGGCUUCCUGUUUCUCUCAGGCAGUGAGUUCCCACCCAGGCCUGCCUCAGGAGCUAGGUUGAGUGGCUAGAGACCUAGGCUGUUCUUUUCCCUAGAAGAUGCUGCCUCUUCCCCUUUGCUUUUUACUGCCCUACCUUUGUUAGUGCUAUGAAAUGACCACACCCUAUGUACUUUGCUGUAAAUAAAGACAAAUAAAAAACAAAGUGAACUCAA